GGCGAGAAAUGUAGAGGUUGCCGUCUUGAUAAAUGUUUAAUUGAGGGAAUGGAUCCUUUAAUGGUUAAAACUACUGACAAGAAAUGUCGAAAGGAAUUUAUUGAAAUGUUAGAAAAACGUCGAAAUAAAUUACACCAGACUAUCAACACUUCAACAAACAUUCAUCAUCAAGACGAAGAGAAGAAUCUAAAUGAUGGAAACGAAAAUUUAAAGUAUAAUGAAGAUAAUGCUGCAAAUAAAUAUAAAAAAUCAACAACCAAUCAAAUAAAAAAUAAAUUGGACCACAAUGACAAAAUAAUUAGUCAACAAAAACAAAAUUAUCUCUUGGUACCUUUAAAUGCAGAAAGCAGUCAAAUGGAACAUUUAAUUCGAAUUUGUGAAGCACAAAGCCGAAUUAGAAAUGCAUUUAUGGAUUUUGAUGACCAACAAUUUUUAUCUUUAAAUUUAAAUUCUUUGAAAGAUCUCUUAACUAAUGGGCCAAAUAUUAUUUUAAAAGCAUCUGAAUUUUCGGUAAAGGAAUUUUUAAAAUAA